AUGACCAAGGCAUCUAGAUCUCGGAGAAAGCCUGUUUCCAGGGGUAAGCCGGCAUUCACAGGAAAGAUCCCAACACGCACACCUCCAAUGGUACAGAACAGCUCGAUGGUUCCUCGCCAAGCAACUCAGCCAUCGACAAAGAUUCCUUCGUCAGUCCCCAUGAGUCAAGCCUACGAAAAAGACGCCAUGGUCAUAUGGUCAAAAUGCGCGCAUGGGGUCAAACAGAAAGAUGCCUUGGUGAUUGCUGUGGUCCAUCCCAAGCAGGAACAGCAUAUGAAGGACAGUAGACAGAGCAUGUCUAGCUCGAGACGCGCUCGACGCAUCUUCAUCUGCGGACCAAGCGCACUCCAAGAUACCAUUGAGAAAGAGGUCAACAACAAACGUCGCUCCCAAUUCACACAACUUCACAUCGUCGUCAGCUCUGCCAUCGAAUCAAUCUACUAUCAGGUCACCUCCGUCAUCGAGGAGUUCACCGUUCGAAUCUACGGCGCCAUUCGGGGGAACAUACCAUGCAAACUUCUCGUCGACGAGAAAUCGACAUUCUGUGACUCGCCUGUCCAUCGCUGGGGUUACGAUAGGGUCGGCAGCCAUGUCUAUCUGCCCGACCCCGGUAUUUAUUACCCGGCUCUGAAGGCCAUUGCCGAUUUAAUGCAGAGUGCUCUGAACACUGUGUGCUUCAGAGGGAAUACCGCAGUAACAGUUGAAGAAGAGGAGAAACUCGCGAAGAUCGAAAGGAAAAUGUCAGAGUUCCAGAAGUCCUCAGGCACGUCUGUCUCAGCAGAGAGUUCAACCCUCGCGGUGGUCGUGGCGGACUCGACACGUUGA